AAGGAAAUAGCUUAAACUUCCUCUUCGAAAGAAUUCGCGCAUCCGUCACCUUCUCUCUGAAUAACUUUUUCUAAGCUGGGUAAACUGAAGAGGAAGCCCUAAGGCAGAUGUUAGGCUUUAUUUGAUGUGCAGUUUGGUGUCUGGGCGGUCCUGCUGCCGUUUCUCUAGCGGGCAGUAACCCUCCCCGGCGGUGUACAGAGGCUGAGGCUGACGCUGCUGCUGCUGUGUGGAGGUGAAAGUGCCAGUAAGCGGAGCUCCGCGCCGUUAGCCUAGCAUAGCAGCGCAGCCGCAGCAUCAUGGCGGAGCAAGGCGAGUCUCCGGCUCCCGGCCAGAAUCCGCAACCAGUGCUCACAACCAGCUGGCCGAUUGUCAAGGAGGCGUACGAGCUGCAGGAGGUUAUAGGCAGUGGUGCCACAGCAGUAGUCCAGGCUGCUCUCUGCAUCCCUCGACAAGAGCGUGUUGCCAUAAAGAGGAUCAACCUGGAGAAAUGCCAGACCAGCAUGGAAGAACUACUGAAAGAAAUCCAAGCAAUGAGCCAGUGCAACCAUCCAAAUGUAGUGACAUACUAUACCUCUUUUGUGGUGAAGGAUGAGCUUUGGCUGGUUAUGAAACUUCUCAGUGGAGGAUCAGUGUUGGAUAUUAUCAAGCACACAUGUAGCAGAGGCGAGCACAAAAAUGGUGUUUUGGAUGAACCCACGAUAGCUACCAUUUUAAAAGAAGUUUUAGAGGGUCUUGACUAUCUGCACAAGAAUGGACAGAUUCACAGGGAUGUGAAAGCUGGGAACAUCCUGUUGGGAGAAGAUGGCUCAGUGCAGAUAGCAGACUUUGGUGUGAGUGCAUUUCUUGCAACUGGAGGAGACGUAACCAGACAUAAAGUUAGAAAAACGUUUGUGGGAACUCCAUGCUGGAUGGCUCCGGAAGUGAUGGAACAGGUACGAGGUUAUGACUUCAAAGCUGACAUUUGGAGCUUUGGAAUUACUGCCAUAGAGCUGGCCACUGGAUCGGCACCCUACCACCGAUACCCCCCUAUGAAGGUUUUAAUGCUGACGCUGCAGAAUGAUCCCCCAACUCUAGAAACGGGAGUGGAGGACAAAGAGAUGUUAAAGAAAUACGGGAAAUCUUUUAGAAAACUAAUUACUCUGUGCCUUCAGAAGGACCCCGCUAAGAGGCCCACUGCGUCAGAACUUUUGAAAUGUAAAUUUUUCCAAAAGGCCAAGAACAGAGAGUACCUGGUUGAGAAGCUGCUUUGUAAAGGACCAAAUAUAAGCCAAAGAGCCAAAAAGGUGAGACGAGUGCCUGGAUCAAGCGGUCACUUGCACAAGACUGAGGAUGGAGACUGGGAAUGGAGUGAUGAUGAGAUGGAUGAAAGGAGUGAAGAAGGAAAAGCAGCUGUUAAUCAGGGAAGGUCACGGAGGGUCAAAGACGAAAACCGGGAUGGGGAAGUGAAUGCCAACAAUGUCCCUAUAGAAGGCCUGUCCAUUCAGCAUCCCCAGGUUCAACCGUUGGAAAAAAACCCAAGCACUCAGGGUGCUGUGAACAUGGUCCUGAGGCUAAGGAACUCGAGAAAGGAGCUGAAUGACAUACGGUUUGAAUUCACUCCAGGACAAGAUACUGCUGAUGGUGUUUCUCAGGAACUGUUUUCUGCUGGUCUGGUCAAUGGACACGAUGUUGUAGUUGUUGCUGCUAACCUUCAGAAGAUUGUAGAAGACCCAGUUACCUAUAAAGUGUUGACCUUUAAGCUGGCAUCUGGCUGCGACAGCACAGAGAUUCCAGAUGAAGUGAAGCUGAUUGGCUUUGCCCAGUUGAGUGUUACCUGAUGGCCUGUCUGUGACAGAUGAGGAAGAGGAGGAGAGGAGGAGGGAGGAGGCCCUGUAUGAAGAGACUGAAUGCCACAGGAAGAGUAGACUGGGUUUAAUACCAAUCUCCAUGCUACUCCUACACGCUCCCAACUCCACAUCCUCUCACUCACCUCUUUCCUCUUCACAACCACCUUCUACCCUUCUUAAUAAAGUUAGCAUCGCUCAAUAUCCCAGACACACAACCUCCCUUCAGCGCGUACACAUGCACUUCCCUAAGCCUCCCCCCGGCCUAAAUGCUGUCCCCGCAAUGCCUCUCAACAACAUUCCACCGCCCACUUCCCCAAGUACAGAGCAGACCUCAGCCCUGCUAACUCGAUGCUCUCAGGUGGCAAUAGCUAGUGAUAAAAAAAAAAAGAUUUAGAAUUUGUAUCAUCAUUAUUAUUGUUGUUGUAUUACCUAUGCUUUCAGCAAAGCUAUUAUUAUUAUUAUUAUUUAUUGAAAAAGAGAAUGCCUUUUAUUUUCUUUUUCUCUGGUCUUUGUGUUGAAAGAUUAGCUUUUUUGGUGCGCACAUUAAUACCAUGAAACCUAAAGAUUGUGUUAAUUCUAUUAAUAGAAUUCCUCCUUCCAAAUGUAAGAUGUCUUAUUUAUGGGGAAAAAGCACAUUUUCAUUAUUCCAUACUGAAUGUUGUUUUAAUACAAUGAACAGUACUGUACAUAUAAGAAGUAUGUAAUUCAGUAAGAAUUAAUGGAUUAUUUUUUUUGUUUGUUCCACUGGAAGGAUGAGGCGAGACCUGAAUGCUGCCAUGUGCAAAUGUACUGCUUAAUUUUUCGGGACAGUGUUGACGCUUAAAUGCUAGAGGUGCCUUGUUCAUUAAUCCGUGCCUAAGAACAUAGGUAACAAGCCGAAGCCGUCUAAAGCAGAGACUGCUUCAUUGUUGUUAAAGCAGCAUUAAGCAGAAUUGCUUUUCAGUCGAUACCUUCAUUUAAUAGUAUUUUCUCUGGUUAAUGGCUAAUGGUGAAAAUUACAAAGCUGUAAUGCACUUUGACUUUGGGCAGUGCAAUGUACAUGCGCCUGUGUUUCUAGCGCUUUGCCCUUGGAGAAUCAUCCAGAUUUAACCUAUAAGGCUUUGUUGUGUAACAAUAAAUAGAUCCGUAACACACCGUAAAAGGUGGAGAAAAACCCAGCUGCUGAUUAUAAAAAGCAGUGCUGUCAUUCCAGUGCAUGAUCAUUUUUAAACUCCACAUCCAUCUCUGAUUUACUUUAUAACAAAGAAAUGUUCAAAACCAAAAGACAAAGAUGAGUCAUGAAUCCAAAAAUACAUACACUAGUUCCAAAUCAAUCUGUUUUCAAACUGAGGUUGAAAAUAGUACUAGCUUGAAGUAUUUUAUGAAGUUGUUUUCUACAUGAAGUGUGGGUACCAUUUCUGCAUAUUAUUACUCUUGUUCCUUUUCUGUAAUCAGCAAGAUCAGCAACUUCAGCAAAACAGCAACCAAUAAAGAACAUGCUAUUAUUAACAGAA